AUGGGUUUCCAUGGUCUCAUGAUCUGGGCUAUCAAGCUCAACGUCCUAAAUCUCGAGGCCCUGAGGGCUGUAUACAAAGGCGAGCUUAUCGGGCACACCCAGGAUCCUUUCUCGCUGAUCAACUAUGCGCUCAUCAACUUUAGAGGCAAUGCCGAUGCUGGUGACUGA